AUGUCGGACGAUUUGGACGCAGAGCUGCUCGCUCUGGCAGGUGACUCUGAGGAGGAAACUUCACAACACCACAAGUCACCAGCACGUUCUCCUUCUUCACACUCUCAAGACCGAGACUCCUCACCUGCAGGCAUGGCUCGCAAAGCAACUGCCAAAUCGACGUCCCGUCGAUCCCGGAAGCCCGCCAAAGACGAAUCUGAGGGUGAAGUCUCCGACACUGGAUCCCGUCACUCACUCCAGUCCGUCUCAAUGUCUGAAUCCGAGUCAGAGGUCGAUAACUCAGGCGAAGAAGCCGAGGAUCGUCCCAUCUUCCCAUACGAGAAACUUUACUACUCGGCCCAAGACAAGAAGGAUAUUAUGGCUAUGCCCGAGAUCCAGCGUGAGGAAACUUUGUCUGAGCGUGCCCAGCAAGUCGAUCGUCACAACCAGGACCUAGCUCUCCGUCGCUUGCUGGCCUCUCGCUCGCGCGAGGAAGCCCGCGCCGCUAAGAAGGCGAAGCGCAAGGCCGGCUCUGCCGGUUUGGAUGAUACCCAGCGCAAGAGUUCUCGCCAGAAGACCACUCUCGGUGGCCGCAAAGUUGGAGAAACCUCUGGCGCUAUUGAGGCCUACAAGCGCCAGCGUGAGCAGAAGGGCAAGCGAGAUGAGCUACGUCGCCGGGACCCUACAAAGUCACGCCGUCGCUCGCGCUCUCCGGGCUCGGAUGUGUCGAAUGAAGAUGCCGAUGCGGAGAGCGACCUGGAAUUGGAUGACCGCGUUGGCCGUCCUGCGUCCGUUCCCAAGGACGAUCCGCCUGCUGAGCUUCGGGAAAUUCGACGUGCUCAGAUCGGGCGCAACAACUUCGCCAAAGUCUGCUUUUACCCUAACUUUGAUAGUACUAUGAUCGGCUGCUACGCCCGUCUGAGCAUCGGUCCGCACCCCGAGACAGGCCAGAACGAAUAUCGUCUGGGCCUUAUCACUGGAAUCACCCAGGGUAAGCCGUACGCCGUAGAAGGCGAGAAUGGUCGUUCUUUCGUCACGGACCAGUAUGUCAAACUGGCACAUGGAAAGGCUGUCCGGGAGUUCCCCUUCGUCACCUUCUCAAACUCCCCAGUCACUGAGGCUGAAUACCGCCGUUACGUCCAGACCCUCGCUGUUGAGGAUUGCAAAAUGGCUACACGGAGCAAGGUUGAGUCCAAGGUCAUGGAUAUCAACCGUCUUAUCAAUCACACAUUCACGCGCGAAGAGCUGAACGAGAAGCUCCGCCGCCAGGGCGCCUUCGAUGAAAGGAAGAAUGUGCUCAACCGUCUCGAACUCGAGCGAAACCUGCAAUUCGCCAAAGCGAACGGAGAUACGGAAGAGGUUGAGAAAAUCGAGAAGGAGUUGCACAAACUGCUCCAUCCGAAUCUCUCCUGGGGAACAACCCUUGACAAGAAAGAGACCGACAAAGCAGCACCGUCGGAAGCCGAGCGAGUCCACCUCAUCAACCUUCGCAACCGGAAACUCAACGUUGAAAAUGGUCGCCGUGCUCAGCUCUUGGAGCGAAAGGCCGCUAAGAAGGCCGCUGAGGCUGUUGCACGUGGUGAAGCUGCCCCGAAUCCCUUCAUGCGUGUGCGAACUGUGGCCAAGACUCAUCACGAUCUUAACGGAACGCCUAAACCUGCUGCUGCCGACGCUGCCUCCCUGGAUACCCCCAAAGAUACCCCUAAGUCCAAUGGCAGUUCUGCGCGAACUGGAACUCCCUCUGGCGUUACUCCUAAGAAGCCGAAGAACGGGUUCAUGAUCAGUUAUCGCAAUACCGAUGACGAGAACAUUGCAGCUCUGGAUAUGGAUAUCGAUAUUGAGAUUUAA